UAUUUACUGCUAGGUAACAGGGGCAUAGGGUGAAAGAAACUGACCAUUGUUUCUCGCCGGCGCCCGGGAUCGAACCCGCGCCACAGAAUCCCGAGUCCUGCGCGCUAUCCACCAGGCUACGAGGCACUACGAGGUGAGGUAACACCAAACUGCCCAGAUUCCUCUAUUUUUGUUUUAUCUGUGAAUAUCACUGGAAUAAAUCUGAACUGGUAUCAUCCAAUCUUCAGCAUAAAUUAUAAAAUGUUUAAAUCAAAUAACAACGGUCAGUGCUUGUGCAUCAAGCUAGAUAGUAGAAACUACACAAUUUUUGUCAUCAGAAUAUAGAGAGUUCAACAUGUGCUCUCCCAACCAAGGAACGUGUAUUGCUUCAACAUGUAGACAGUCUGGUAAGUGUUCAUCAGCCACUAUCGUCACAGGUGUGCGCAUUCAUCGGCCAUUAUCGUCACAGGUGUGCGCAUUCAUCGGCCACUAUCGUCACAGGUGUGCGCAUUCAUCAGCCAUUAUCGUCACGGGUGUGCGCAUUCAUCAGCCAUUAUCGUCACGGGUGUGCGCAUUCAUCGGCCACUAUCGUCACAGGUGUGCGCAUUCAUCGGCCACUAUCGUCACAGGUGUGCGCAUUCAUCGGCCACUAUCGUCACAGGUGUGCGCAUUCAUCAGCCACUAUCGUCACAGGUGUGCGCAUUCAUCGGCCACUAUCGUCACAGGUGUGCGCAUUCAUCGGCCACUAUCGUCACAGGUGUGCGCAUUCAUCAGCCAUUAUCGUCACGGGUGUGCGCAUUCAUCAGCCAUUAUCGUCACGGGUGUGCGCAUUCAUCAGCCAUUAUCGUCACGGGUGUGCGCAUUCAUCAGCCAUUAUCGUCACGGGUGUGCGCAUUCAUCGGCCGCUAUCGUCACGGGUGUGCGCAUUCAUCAGCCAUUAUCGUCACAGGUGUGCGCAUUCAUCAGCCAUUAUCGUCACAGGUGUGCGCAUUCAUCAGCCAUUAUCGUCACAGGUGUGCGCAUUCAUCAGCCACUAUCGUCACAGGUGUGCGCAUUCAUCGGCCAUUAUCGUCACAGGUGUGCGCAUUCAUCAGCCAUUAUCGUCACAGGUGUGCGCAUUCAUCAGCCACUAUCGUCACAGGUGUGCGCAUUCAUCGGCCAUUAUCGUCACAGGUGUGCGCAUUUAUCGGCCAUUAUCGUCACAGGUGUGCGCAUUCAUCAGCCAUUAUCGUCACGGGUGUGCGCAUUCAUCGGCCAUUAUCGUCACAGGUGUGCGCAUUCAUCAGCCAUUAUCGUCACAGGUGUGCGCAUUCAUCAGCCAUUAUCGUCACGGGUGUGCGCAUUCAUCGGCCACUAUCGUCACGGGUGUGCGCAUUCAUCAGCCAUUAUCGUCACGGGUGUGCGCAUUCAUCGGCCAUUAUCGUCACAGGUGUGCGCAUUCAUCAGCCAUUAUCGUCACAGGUGUGCGCAUUCAUCGGCCAUUAUCGUCACAGGUGUGCGCAUUCAUCGGCCACUAUCGUCACAGGUGUGCGCAUUCAUCAGCCAUUAUCGUCACAGGUGUGCGCAUUCAUCAGCCAUUAUCGUCACAGGUGUGCGCAUUCAUCAGCCAUUAUCGUCACAGGUGUGCGCAUUCAUCAGCCAUUAUCGUCACAGGUGUGCGCAUUCAUCAGCCAUUAUCGUCACAGGUGUGCGCAUUCAUCAGCCAUUAUCGUCACAGGUGUGCGCAUUCAUCAGCCAUUAUCGUCACAGGUGUGCGCAGGUUAACACACGAAAAUAUUUUACUGCAACACGACCAUUUCAUGCACUCAUAAUGUGCCUCUUAUUUCAGCCCGUCCUCUACAGUUAACACAUCUCUAACAUCCUAGGAUCUAAACAACAUUCACAUAACCAGAUAAAACUCUACAAGGAUGGUUAUACACCGGCAACAUAUUUAGAAACGGCAACUGAAUUUAAUAGCUUAUUUUCAU